UGAAUGUUUGGUUUUUAAAAGAAAAUUUAAUUUUUGACAGCCGCUCGCCCAACGUGCCAAAUGUCAAAAGUAUUUGCAUCCAAAAUCUGCUAUCUUCGUACCGCUGACCUUCACCGUUGGAAAGCGACAGACACAAGUCCAUUAGCAAAAUAAAAGGUUUCUCCACGUCAUGAUGGCUGCAACAAAACGCGCUCUUGCUCUUAUAGCACGCGGUUCGGAGGAAAUGGAGCUGGUUAUUACUGUUGAUGUGCUGCGUCGCUGUAAUGUCGACGUAACGGUAGCGUUGGUUCAGGGAACGGAAGCUGGCACCGGCAAAGAAGAACUGAUUGCUUGCUGUUCCAGGGGUGUAAACAUAAAAGCCGACACUACACUGCAGGCGUACGUGGAACAGCAUGCAGCCACCGAUGACGGAUUGCCGGAUGCGAUUAUUCUGCCCGGUGGGCUCGAAGGUGCAAAGGCGAUGGAACUAGCACCGGCUGUUGGUCAACUGCUACAGCGGCAGCAGAAAGCCGGCAAGCUAGUUGCUGCCAUAUGUGCAGCACCUACGGUACUAGUUGCCCACGGUAAACUGUUUGCUGGCCGUCGUGUGACGUCCUAUCCUUCGUUCCGGGAGAAAAUGACUGAGGCCGGCUACGUGUGGGAAGAACCAGCGGCUGGUUCACCGCUAGGACGGGUCGUUCGGGAUGAUAAUCUCAUUACCAGUCUUGGACCGGCUACUACGUUCGAUUUUGGCCUUGCGAUCGGUGCUGCGCUUGCUGGGCAAGACGUUGCCGAUAAGGUUGCGGCCGGUUUGCUCUACAAGUGAUUGAACUAAUUGUACUAAAUCUCUCUAGCCACCCAGUUUGAGCUUAAGCGCUGUACGGUGUCGAAGGCCAUUGAAUGUUCCUUGAGUGCGUGUUUUGAAACAGCAAAAAUUAUAAUAUAAUUCAAAAUUGAAAUUAAUAAAGUGGUUGCUACAUAGCAGUUUCACACAAUGUA